GGAAGGGGCUGUGCGUGUUACUUUGUGAUUCCGUUCCCUGUUCCAACGGUAUCGCUGCUCCUGACGGCCUCCAAGCUCUGAGUCUUCCCUACCCCACAGAGUCUUCCUGUAGCGCGCUGAUCCCAAGACCGUCUCCACAACUAGGCCAUUUUUCCUGCCAGGUGUCCUUUUGACCUCUUGACCUCUGACUCAAAGCCCAACUACUGCAUAGCACAGACCUGGUUCCGGAUCAAAGGACCCCGCCCUGUUAGCCCUCAGAGCCUUCCUGAUUCGAGUCAGCCCCAAUCCUCGCGUCCAUGGUUCCAUGUUUUAGCCCCAUUGCUUAUCCCCCCAAUUCCAGAACUCCGCUCUAAAACCUUCAAAAUCUCCAUCCCUGAGACCAACCCAUUUUGGAGGAUACUUCUCUCUCCCAUCCUUCCAGCCCAUGCCAUUGACUCCAAAAUGAUUUCUUCAUGCUCUUCUCCCCUAGAGCCCCCAAUCUCUCCAAGAACCCCUGCAUCCCAGGCCUCCACCGUUCCACCUCCUCCCUCACCCCCACAUCUUCCGGACUCAGCCUUGCCACCCUCUCCCUCAAGUCUCCAGACCCCUGUUCCCCCACCACCGCCACUGCCACCUCCACCCCCUGCCACGGGUGCUGCUCCCCCUCAUGUCUUCGGCCUGGAGAAGAGCCAGCUUCUGAAGGAGGCCUUGGAGAAGGCCGGCCCAGUCCCCAGCAGCAGAGAAGACGUGAAGAGGCUCCUAAAGCAUCACAAGGACCGUUUCAGAAGUGACUUGCAGUGGAUCCUCUUCUGUACAGACCUGCCCUCCCUCAUCCAAGAAGGCCCUCAGUGUGGGUUGGUGGCCCUGUGGAUGGCAGGCACUCUCCUGGUGCCACCCAGCGGCAUCCCCCUGGAAACACUCGUGCAGAUGGCCAUGGAGAGAGGCUACACUGCCCAGGGAGAGAUGUUCUCCGUGGCUGACAUGGGCAGGCUGGCUGAGGAGGCACUGGGCUGCCAAGCUGAGCUGCUCCAUGGCGGCCUAGGUGGUCCCAACAGAGACCGUGUGCUGCAGCACCUUGUCGCUGGACGUCCCUUGCUCAUCCCCUACGAUGAAGACUUCAAUCACGAGCCAUGUCGGAGAAAGGGCCACAAGGCCCACUGGGCAGUGAGCACAGGGGUCCUGCUGGGUGUGCAGGGUGUGCCAAGCUCCGGCUAUGUUGAGGACCCCGAGCUGCCGGGCCUGUUUCACCCAGUGCCCAGCAUGCCCUGCCAGCCACCAUCCCUGCCAGAGGAAGACUUGCUGGGAGCAGUCUAUCUUCUCUCCAAGCAGGGCAAGAGUUGGCACUACCAGCUGUGGGACUAUGACCAAGUCCGGGAUAGCAACCUGCAGCUGACGGACUUCUCACCCUCUCGGGCCACUGAUGGCCGAGCAUAUGUGGUGCCUGCUGGUGGGGUACGGGCUGGCCUUUGUGGCCAGGCCCUGCUCCUCAGACCAUAGGAUUCCAGCCACUAGCCUGCUGCAGCCCUGAACUGGGGGUAAUGGGGCCCGGACCCCAGCUUUUCCCUUUGUGUGACCACCUGAGGGUUUGAGGUGGAUCUCUUGAGGACCUCCAGCCAGAGAUCAUGCAGGGUCCCCCCAGCCUACUCUUAAGCCUGGGCAUCCUCCCAGCUCCCCAAACCCAUCCCCUCAGUAUUAAGCACCUACUGUGCAGGCUGGGGUUAGAGCCAGAAGUUUGGAAGACUAAACUCCAAGUCUCAGCUCACCUUAUCCCAGGCUGUUCUUCCUCACAUUUCCUGCCACCAGCCACAGUGACCUUUUAGGUCCCCAGUGCACCCCACUGCAGCCUUCUGCUGACCAGAACUCCUCAGCUUUCCAGUGUGGGAGAGGAAGAUACUUUCCCCCCAAGGUUCUUUCAUCUGGUCUAAGUCUACAUGAGACAGGAUAACAAGAAAGUAGCGAAAUUUAAUACAUACAUACACAUGGGAACCCACAUACAUGAGAGGUUCCAAGACAGGGAAGAUGAAGUAUAUGUGCCAUUCUUGGGGCUUCAGCGGGAGGAAGGUCAUUGCAGGAUAGAAAGAGCAGAUGUUCAGCAAUUAGAAGUUUACCCUGCCCUAUAGAUAGGUCAGAGGUUAUCUCAGUCUAUGGGCAAGACCCCUAACUCAAAUUCUAGGUAGUUAAGGGCGGGUUGGGUGGAGGUUGCACUGAGCCUGCAGUCUUGGUUGCCCCGGCUCACAACAGCCUGCAUACCACAGAGGCACAUCUUGGGGUGACUUAUUCUGAACCCCUACACCAGCUUGGCUCAUCACUUCCUCGUGCAUGGUUCCCUCAGCCAGGGCGAGGCCCCUCCCCCGCAUCUGUUCUCCUUUAAAAACAAAAAGGAAAUGUUCCUGAGAGCAGUUAAAUGUGCCAACCUCUUCACCUGUGUUAACUCAUUAACUCCUCCAGCCCUCUAAGGUGCUAGUCCUGCCCAUUUCACAGAUGGAGACAGGCUUGGAGGAAUGCAAUCACUGGCUUAAGGUCACAUGGCUUGGGGAGUGGCUGGGUGAGGAUUCAAAUCAGGCAGUCCCUGCACAGUAUAAAUACCUAGGUCAGUAGACACCUAUUUUUAGAGAGAUUAGUUUAAUGAAUACCUGUUGCCUCCCUCUGAAAGGGGAGGAACAGGUCUGUCUUGGCCACCUCUGUGUCUUCAGUGCAAAGGGACUCUAGAGAGACUACACAGUAUAUAGUGCUUUUCGCUUAUUAAGUGUUUCUAACCAGAAGUGGGGACACCUCCAUCUGGGUCCUGGCGCUUCCACCUGCACCUCCCCUUCCCAGCCCUGACAACAGUGGCUGGCACUGUAGUGUACUGUCUUUGGAGGGCUCGGCACUCUCUUGGUCACUACAGUUACCCUGCCUUACCUAGCAGAGCCAGCACAAGAGGAGCAGCUUGGUGAACACUUCGAGCCUGCAUCUCUACCAAACCCCCCAAACCAGGCACUGUCCUGUUACCCCACCCCAAAUGAAUGCUCAAGAUUAUGAGCUUUGAGCCCACACACCCCAGAUGCCAAAAAAAAAUAAAAUCCACAAAGUUGG